AUGGCGCCCAUCACGACGCACUCCAACGAGGAGACGCACGCCGCACUCCUCGACCAGCUCGAUCUACACAAGAUGCAGAAGCCCUUCCGCAAUCCGAACUGGAAGCCACCGCAGCGGAGAAACAAGAACUUGAAGCAGAUACUGUCGGAGGCUCAGCGUGCACAACAGAGCAUGCUCAACACGCAGCAGAAUUCCGGUGCAAGCACGCCGAUGCCCGCGACAGAUGACACCAAUACACCCUCCCUCAACCCCAACCCAGAGAAAGCUAGCCAGGACCUGGGGAGGAUUGUUCUGGAGAUGAAUGCGAAGCAGAGCAAUGGUAUUGCGACACCUCUGGCCGGUGCCAACUUUGGCGGUCCAAGUGUGACAUAUACGAGCAUUGCAGCAGCACCAAGUCUGAAGCCUAGGAAGAAGUACUGCGACAUCACAGGACUUCCAGCCAAGUACAAAGAUCCCAAGACUGGCCUGUACUACUUCAACGCGGAAAUCUAUGCAGUCGUCAAAAGCCUGAGCACAACACAAGUGCAAGAGUAUCUCGCUGCGAGAGGCGCAAACACCGUGCUCAAAUGA